CUCACCUCCUCUUUCUACACUUUGUACAUGAGUGUGAGAGUUUGUGUGCCGGGGACAGUGCUGGAUUACAGACAUGGAGGUCUUCUGGACCAGAAUAGCCACCAGCGGUCUAGAGGCGGAGAGCGGCAGGCGCGGCGGCAGCAGCAGCAACAGCAGCCACGGUGACGGCAACCACAGCAGCAGCAGCGGCGGCGGCGGAGGAGGAGGAGGAGGAGGAGGCAGCAACAGCAGCAGCGGCGGCGGCGCGGCCCACUUCAGGUCUCCAUGGCAACAGAGCGUGAACGUGUUCGGCUCGUGGAGCAGGCCGGAGUGUGUCGAGGAGCUGCACCAGCAGGCGCAGCUCAACCUCCAGAGCCUGCUGCAAGAUUUUGAGGAGCAGUUGUACGACACCAAGCUGACCGGUCAGACGUUCCGGCAUCCGUCCUCGCAGAGCUCUGACGACACAUCCACCUCGCUCAGCCGCUCGCCCAUCUCCCUUCACAACAAGAGGCCAGACUUCAUCUUCCUGCCGGCGUCCAAACAGCUCUACGAUGAUGAAACCGCCUCCUCAGUGUUCGGACUGAGGUCCCUGACCAACCCGUCCCCCUCCCUAUCCCCGUCGCCUUGCGGCUCAGAUCGCCCCCCGCUGGGCUGGAGUAGUAACAACAGCAGCAGCAGCACCGCCACUUCUGCUACCACCGGGCCGCCUGUUGCAGAGAAACCACGCUGGCACCUCGGGAGACCAGGUCACUUUCUUCCACUUGACAUCACAGGUGAGACGGGAAGAGGGAAAUUUCACGGCGUCGACCUCCUCCAGCACUCCCCGUCCCCAUCCCCCUCUCCAGGGGACCCCUUCCCCCACCAGCCCCGCUCUCUAGAACCUGUCACGGACACCUUUCAGCAAAACCUCCCCCUGAGGAAGACACACUCUGACCUCGACACAACCUUACCUGCAGACAACACCUCAGAGCGGCGUGCACAGGACCAAUUCCGCCAAGGAACUAUGGACCACUCUGGGCUGCUAUGCUCAAACACACCCUCCGCUUCCUGGAACGGACCUAAGGGCUCCACAUUUUCUCCCGGAGCGUGGAACGAACCUUACACUUACAGCAUGAGCAAGGGCCCAGCAGUCCCACCCAAACAGCACACGAUAAUCGGUAAUGCAGGAGGAGGGAACCAGGAGGGUGUGAUGCUGGUGGGCUCAGGACAGUCUGUGGGCUCACAUUCCAGUUCAUUCACAUCCGUGUCUAACCCUUCUGGGAGAGGAGGGAAUAACAUACCCGGGGUAUCUCUGGCGGCAGCGAUGAUGGGGAAGCGGAGUGAGACUGAAGGGGCGGCUGCUGAUGGAGGGAGAGGGGGAGCCGGGGAGGUAGGGAGAGGACGGGAAAGGUCAGCUCGAUCUAUAGCGGCAGCAAACGCUUUCAAGUUCCGGGAGCGCUCCCUUUCCACCCCCACGGAUUCUGGUUCUUUUUGCUUUACAGAAGGGGGUUUAGUCCAAGCAGAUGCGCACGGAAAUGCUAUGACUAUGACAGACCACCACCACCACCACCACCAACAGCAUCAAAACUUCCUUGGUAUAAGUGAGAACUAUGCCCUCCUCUACCCUAGAGGGAGCUCUGAAGACAGCGCCAGCACCACAGACACAAUCUCCGUCACAGCUUCAGACUACAGCGCGGAUGGCCGCUUGCGCCUACGCUCGCGCUCAAUCUCGCUUAAGAAGUGCAAGCGCAAGCCGCCGCCUCCCGUGAGGAGCGUCUCUCUCAUGAAGAACCUUGGAGAAGCCGAGGGGAGAAUCCACCAUGAGGGCGGCUUGUACCGAGAUGGACGGCCAAAGAGCUUACACAUCCCCAGGGACCACUACCCAGACUUCCAGCCUGAUUUCCUCCUGCCAGGCUCAUCCUGCACGUAUAAACCAAGUGUUGGUGAGCGGGAGUUGAGCCAUGGAGGACAUGAUGGACCUCCAAGCCUUGAGAUCCAGGCACCAGAGAGGGAGGGAGAGACAGAGAUGACCUUCCAAAAUCACUGGCAGCUGGGGGAUUGGAAAAAUGACCCAUACAGGUCUCUAUCAGGCUCCAGCACAGCAACAGGUACCACCGUCAUUGAAUGUAUGAAAGUCAGAGGUAGUUCUGAGUCCCUGCUUGAUUCUCCCUCCACCUCCAGAGCAACCUCACCCUCACAGCUUUCCAUGGAAACUGACAUCAAGGCAUCUUCACCUUUCAAACCGCCUGGACUCAUGUCGCCAUCAAGUGGCUAUUCCAGUCAAUCAGAGACUCCCACCCCAACAGUUCCACUGAGUCAAAUGGGAGGUCAUGGGACAGCAGGGACCACAGGGACAUUGGGUUGUAAACUGCGCCCAAAGAUCCCAGAAAGGAAAUCAUCACUACCAUCACCCAAAGACCCAACUGCAAGGUCCAGAUUGUCCUUUGAGAUGCCAGGGAAUGCACAUCUAGAACUGUCAUCCAUCAAGCCAAAGCAGAAAGCCAGCAGACGACAUUCCGACACCUCGACGGCAGCAAAACCAGGAAAAAUCAGCCCCAGCUCAUCACAAGCACUGCCUGUGGUCACCCAGAAUGAGCUGAAGACUAUUCGGCUUCGCUCUGUCUCUCGGGGGGACUUAGAGGACUGUCCUGAUGGAGCCUCCGACACCAUUGAAGAGGAGCAGCGAGACCUAGGUGAAGACCCAAGCCCUCCACCCACACUACCGAAACCUAAGCCCCCUGUCGCUGUCAAGCCCCCAUUGCCCAAACGUCCCAUAAACCUUCUCCUUAAGUCUCCUUCCCCCUCUUCCACAUCCCCCCUUGGCCUUGAAUCACCUCCUGGCUCACCUGUGGAUCGACCUGUGCCCCUGGGGAACAUCUACAAAGUCAUGAAAAAACCCAAACCCAAAAAACCUCCACCCCAAACUGCAUCGAGCCCUUCUGCUCCCCCUGAUUCGUUUACUCCUAUACAAACUGCCUAUGAUCACUCAUUCCACCACAACUCCCAGUCCCUCUUUGACCUGCCUCCUUUGCCAGACCCCCAGCCUCUACUGGAAGACCCAGCAAUGGAGCCUGAAUUAGAAGCAGAACCGGAGAUCUGUUUUGGUCCCGCAGACGGAGGAUCACUCCCCUCACCGUGCAGUAGCCAGGAAGCCCCGGAACUCCAGGACAAAAGCAAGACACUUCCCUCAAGGAUGACAAUCUCCUGUCUGGCAGAACUGUCAGACAAAAAGAAACCCAAGGUUCCACCACCGGUCCCAAAGAAGCCAAACGUCCUGCUUCUUCCGUCGUCAGUCCAUUCCUCCACUAACGGCAGCACAGAACGGCAGACGCCACAGGCCGAGAGCCCCGUGGGUCUCCGCUCACCCGUGGGAGCAUUCUCACCAGACGACUUUCCCAUUCCUCCUGAUAUGUCAGAGCAAGAUGAGAACCACUUUGGAACAGAUGAGGAGAGUUCUAAAGAGUCAUCUCUGCAGGAUUCCUCGUUCACGGAGUUAGGAGAGAAAAUGGCCAGCACUGGGAUAGUGGAAGAUGACUCUGCAGCCAAUGAGAAGACAGUCCUCCACAUCUCGGAGGAAACAGAUGACGUCCUGUUGGCCAGCACACCUGCGACACACACCACCGAAGACCUGUUCACUAUUAUUCACAGGUCCAAGCGAAGGGUUCUAGGUCGUAAAGAGCCGACGGACUCCUUCGGCAGCCGCCAGAGUCUUGUGUCCCCAGUGAAGCACAGCACCAGCGGUAGCGACCUGCGAAAUCUCACCCUUGGCAGCACUCAAAGGUCAAGCUCUCGCAACGAGAACUUCAUGGCCCUGCUUCAGAAGAAAGGCAGCAAGUCUUCCAGCGGAGGAACCCGAGUCUCUGCCAUGGAGCUUCUCAAAAGCACAAACCCUCUUGCCAGGAGGGUGACAGAGUUUUCAAGUACUUCGCCAGCGACCAGCGAGGGAGGGGAUUCAGCGUCCGGGAAUGGCAAACCCAACGAUCAAUGAACGGUUUUGUUAACAGAUGUUCUGUUUGCUGUUAAUAAAGCUACCAACAAAUUCUACAAUGUGCCAUCCAUGCCAGGUUGGGCAAUCUGACCAGCAUGUCCAACUGGGUCGCUCCAACUACUGGCUGACCAUUUGGGCUGUCCAAUCAAAUUGGAGCACAAUUUUGGACAAAAUGGUCCCUCCCAUGGUUGAAGCGCCAUUGAUCCCUGCCAAACUUGUCCCUUUGAAAAGUGGGGGCUUGGAGGCUUUGCUUCAAUACGGCACCCACCAAGUUUUCGUUAUUUGGGAUAUGCUCAAUGUGGAAGCUGGCUGGAUAGAUGGAUAGGUGGAUAGGUGGAGUCGAAAAUGGGAAUACAAGGAUAUACAGUGGAUAUAUUUCUUCAAGCUCCAUGUGGACCAAGACAUCAAGAGUCCCCGGUGGCAACAGUGAUCAAAACACGAAUCAUCGAUCAACUGGGAUACCACAAAGGAUCAGUGACCAAAUGAAUCCAAGAAAUCAAUGGACGUGAGAUUUCCAACUUAUACAUCCACCAUUCAACUGAAUCUUGCCAUCAGUAGAGCUGCGGCAGCGACACCCGUCGAUCUACAUGAAUGAGAGGGUUAAUAUUACAACGUGAUGAGACACCGGAGAAAGCAAAUAUGCCCCAAACCUUGGGACACCCCAAUGUCUCCUUUCUAAGGAAAGGACAGACCAUUGCAGGCGUCGGCACUACCACUCUCAGAAGACCAAACGUCUUCUGAUUUCAAGGGAACGAAACACACAGGAUUAACUACAAAAAACCACACGGGGGGGCUUUUUUGCCACCAAAGAUGAGGCAUGUCACAGAUUCUGUUCCUCAUGCCAUGAACACAAGCGUGGAUUUUCUCAAAACAUUCCACAGAAGUUCCCAGAAAAAAUGGGCGGCAUUUUGGAAACGCAAGCACUUUUCCUUUUUCCUUGGCAUGGACCGUUGUUUACACGGCGCGGACUCUGCGUUGCUUCAUUUUGUUUUCAGAGACACUCAUCAAUCAUCUUUUUUUUUUUCCAGUCUUUGUUUAGAUGAUUUACAUAUUUUUUUUUUCCUACACAUGCUAGCUGCCAUAUAUUGUAUAUGUUCAAUUGUACUGUAUGUAACAUGUACAAAGAUAAAUGUCCCACAUCUAUCAUUUGGAAUAUUGGAUACAAAGACUUAAUAUAGUGUACAGAGCAGCAAGCAGCUUGGACUACAAACUGCCCAAACGACAGAGGGAACACACACUCAACACACACACUAAAAGACUAAGGACAUAUGCUAUUGAAGACUAGCAGAAUCUACACGAGUGUGUGUGUGUGUGUUUGUAAGAGUUUAAGCAGACGAAAUCAUGCCUGUGGAGUUUCUGUACGGAGAGUAUGAAGCAGGCCUGGUUAUUAAACAGGGUUUCUAUUCAUUUUGGUCUCUGGUGACGGGACCAAAGGACUGUUACAACUACAAACAGACCAGAGGGGACCUAACAGUGUGUGCGUGCGUGUGUGGGUGUGAGUGUUUCUGUGCGUGUGUGAGUGCCUGUGUGUGUGUUCACAUGUUUGUAUAGAGGGUAGUGCCACGAACAAUGUAGGAGAAAAACGAGAGAAGAAAGAGAGACUGUACGAACUUGUGCAGGUUUACAUGUUUGGCAUUAUUGUGUGGGUGUCCUCUUGUUAUGAUUUGACAUAUUUGUGUGUGUGUGUGUGUGUGUGUGUGUGUGUGUGUGUGUGUGUGUGUGUGUGUGUGUGUGUGUGAAUGGGUGUUAUCAUCAUCAACCCCUUUCCACCCUCCCCAAAAUACCUGUCUUUUCUUGGGAUUGGGUUCCAGAACACAAAGGGGACUACACAACUAAAAGGGUUCUGUAAUUGAAGAGGGUCCAAAUUGAGGGUUCUGGAAUCUUGGAAUAGGAUCAGAAUGGCACUGAGCCUCUUUACACCUUCAUGUCAGAGAAUCAUGAGAAUUCCAAAACACAAAUGGGACUACACAUCCAAGGAGAGUCAAAAUCAAGGGUUCUGGAAUCUUGGAAUAGGACCAGAAUGGCAUUAAGCCAUGCCAGAAUGGGAAUGAGGAUUCCAAAACACAAAUUGGACUAAGUGUCCAAAAAGAUUCCAGGGAGGGUACAAUUCAAGGCCUCCAAUAUUUUCCUUGGGAUAGGAUUAGAACGGCCCUAAGCCUCUCUACCCCCAUACAUUAUGGAACCACAAGGAUUCCAGAACUCAAAGUUGACUACGCAAACCAAAAGGGUUCUUUAAUCAAGAAGGGUCCAAAUUAAGGGUUCUAGAAUCUUGGAAUAGGAUCAGAAUGGCACUGAGCCUCUUUACACCUUCAUGUCACAGAAUCAUGAGAAUUCCAGAACACAAAUGGGACUACAUGAAAAAGGAGAGUCGAAAUCAAGGGUUCUGGAAUCUUGGAAUAGGAUCAGAAUGCCACUAAACCAUUCCAGAAUGGGAAUGAGGAUUCCAAAACAAAUAUUGAACUAAGCAUCCAAAAAGAUUCCAGGGGGGGUACAAAUCAGGGGCUUCAAAAUCUUCCUUGGGAUAGGAUUAGAAGGGCCCUAAGCCUCUCUAUCCCCCUACAUUAUGGAACCUUGAGGAUUCCAGAACCAAAAGGUUUCAGGAUUUAAGGGGAUUCUAGAACACAAGGGAAUGUCUGGCAAGAGUUUAGAAUGCCGGAAUGUUGGGGUUCUUUGAGUUUGGAAUUCUGGGUUUUGGUGGUUCCGUGACAGGCCCACGCAGACAUUGCCAACAGUGAUGCAGAAUGGCGUUGCGAGGCCUGUUUGUUUUUGCCCUCCUCUGUGCACAUUUUCACACUCUGUCUCUUCGUCUCAAAGGGGAACGGCGAUCUGCUCCCUCCUCCUCCCUUCUCCCUUCUCCCUUCCCCUCACUCCUCUCCUCCUCCUCCUUUUCAUCGCUGCUGGAGCACACACUCCAUCUGUCUCCCUGCAUUCAGCAUCAUCUCUCAUUUUCUCUCCUGUAUCCUCUCUACUCUGGCACACACAGUAGCACACUCUCACUUUUACUGCAACCUCUCUCUCUCCGUUCUCACACGUAGCAUCGCCUCUCUACUCCUCUCUUCACCGUUCGCUUUUUCUCUCCCACAUCUCUUUUCUCUCUCUUCCUCCUCUCCACCUCUCUGCAUUCAGUCUAUGCAUCUUAGCUCGGCAGGCAACACGACACCGGAUGAAUGUCAAUGAAUGACUGUUAAGAAAACUGAUGCUGUGCUUAGUUUGAGAGUGCAAAAAACAUUGUUAUAUCAGCGCUUAUCUUAUGCCUUCUGUCUUUCUUGCUCUCUGAGUUUUUAUACCUUUUCUUUAACUUGCUUUGGAGUAUCCAUGUAACAUGAAUUUGACAUGGAUGGAUGAAUGAAUGGUCGGAUCUGUGCACAAACAUGGAAAAAGGCAGGGUUUGAAUGUGGUUUUGGAUUAAAGACCUUGGCUUUUGGACUGUGAAUAAAACACCCUGGGGUCUCUGACCUGUGACCGGGCCCUCAGUUCAGGAUUACCGUCUGAGAAUUUGGAUUACCACUGGUUCAGCUCCAACACCUGACUUAUCCCCUGCAUGGAUGGACUGUGUGAAGAAGGGAAGGGACCUUUCAUCUCCUGACUCCCAAGUCGUCAAACUAUCCCUCGGUGCUAUUGAGUCAGAGCUCCCUCUAGUGGAUGGAAAAGGAAAAACCACACCUAACAGGAGAGUAAAAAAAAAAAAACUCCUUCACACACAUUUCUCAGUCCUUCAGGUAUUCCAUCAUCCUGACAAAAAAAAGAUGAAGAUUUUAAAGAUGCAUAAGUUAUCACCAUCUAUGAUGACUAGUCAAGUGAAGCUUGUUUUAAAUAUUUAGUGAAUGAAAAAAGAUAAACCUAUAAAACUC